GCGUGACGUCACGGAUAAACGCGAAAGAACUCGUGUUUGUCGGUCGCGCGCACCUGUCAGGUUUCGAAGGCGAAGCUCUUGAAAGGACGCGCGUUCACGAAGCACCUCGGAUGUCCUCCUCCGUUUCCGCUUCCGCAUUGCUAAUGCGAAAAAAACAACAAGCAAAAACCGGUCGGUCCGGCUUAUCCGCUGCCGGGCCGGAACAAUGCUCGGUCCCGACGGCCGCGCAGGAGGAGAGCACCGCGGGGCGGCUGCUGGUGCGCUGCUCGUGGGCUGCUCGUGGGCGGCCCGGAGGUCAUGGAGGGCUGCUGCCGCUCGUGCCUGCCGUGCUUCAAGCGCCUGUGGGACCGCGUCUGGCCCACCUUCCGCUACCCGAGCGUGCCCAACCACGUCAUCGCCAACCCGGGCGCGCGGGCCGCCGAGAUCCGGACGGUGUCGGGCGACGUCCGCGCGCCGUCGCCCAAGAAGAGGCCGGUGCAACUGUACGCGGCACUCUUCGACUUCGAGGCCCGCGGCGACCACGAGCUGACGGUCCGGGAGGGCGACAAGCUUUCGGUUCUGGAGCAGCGGGGCGACUACGUGCUCGCCAAGAAACUGACCGGAUCUCUGCAGUCCGGACUAAUCCCCGCUAACUACGUGGCGCUUCUCCAGGACGAGUUCGCCAAACACAAGUGGUACUACGGCAACAUCAACCGCACCAAAGCCGAGAAGCUCCUGCUGGCCCCCCAGAACAAAGAUGGCUGCUUCCUGGCACGCAUUAGUGAGAGUCACAGUGACGAGUACACCAUCUCAGUGUUCCUCUUAAGCGGCCGUCUUUUCAGUCACCCUCCUCCUUGCGCGGUUGUUUCAGCCCGCAGCGACGGGAAGGUUCACCACUUCCGGAUCCAGCGCUCGUCCAUCGGCGCCUAUUUCGUGUCGGACAAGAUCUCCUUCGGCACGCUGGGCGAGCUGGUCUCGUACUACCAGAAGAACCCUCGCAGUCUGGGCGUGCAGCUGGCGGAACCGUGUGCUCAGCAGCGGGAGCUUUACGACAUGGAGCCUUGGGAGCGGCCUCGAGAGGAGUUCAAGCUGCACCGCAAGUUGGGCGAAGGCCACUUUGGAGAAGUGUGGGAGGCGCUGUGGACGGCCGAGAACAAGCGAGUAGCCAUCAAGAUGCUCAAGCAAGAGGACACCAAACAGGACGAGUUUGUGAAGGAGGUGCAGGCGCUGAAGAGCCUCCACCACCCCAAACUGAUCCAGCUGCUGGCCAUGUGCUCGCGCGGAGAACCCGUCUACAUCGUGACCGAGCUGAUGUGCAAAGGAAGCCUCAAGUCCUACCUGGUCUCUGCCGAAGGCCAGGUGCUGACCUCGGCGCACCUCAUCUACAUGGGCAGUCAGGUGGCGGAGGGCAUGGCCUACCUGGAAGACCGCAACAUCGUCCACAGAGACCUGGCGGCCAGAAACAUCCUGGUGGGCGAGGACCUGGUCUGCAAGGUGGCGGACUUUGGACUGGCUCGCAUUAUCAAGGACAGCGUGUACACAGCUAGCCGGAGCACCAAGAUUCCCGUGCGCUGGACGGCGCCCGAGGCCGCCAUUUACCAGAAGUUCUCCGUCAAGUCGGACGUGUGGUCCUUCGGCGUUCUACUCUACGAGAUGAUGUCGCGCGGCAAAAUGCCCUACGACGGCAAAAACAACAAGCAGGUGUUGGACCUGCUGUCGUCGGGCGCCCGACUGGCGUGCCCGAGCAGAUGUCCUCGCAACAUCUACCGCAUCAUGAUGGACUGCUGGGCGCCCGAGCCUUCCAAGAGGCCUUCCUUCCACGCUCUGCACAGCCAGCUGGACUCCAUUUACGCUCGCAUCUACUUCAAGACCAUCGAGGUGUGACGACCGCGCGGCGACGAGGAGUUGGACAAUGUCGCUGACAAAAACAGUCUGUCGGGAAGGUCUCGACAGGAAAUGAGCUGUUUCCUCAAUGAUGACUGCAGGCCACAAGGAGGCGCUAUGUGCAAUAACGAUGUGCAAGCUGGCGUUUAGCCACUUUAGCUGGCCGACAUAAGCAAAUUAUUAUUAUUUUUUUUUUGUCCAAACGUAACCGCCAGUCAUGUCCCUCAAGGAGGACGGAACAUUUGCGUUUGUGGAGAGCGAACGUGUGUUCAGACGUGCUCGGUCGCCAAAGUUCUGUGCGUUGACUGGUGCUGUUUGCCAGGGGCGGGCAAAGCAUGGCUCCAUUUAAAAAAAAAAAAAUUUUUUUUUUAAUCUGCCCCAGUGAGCAUUAACCAUGCUCAAGAGUCCUUUACAAUUUUGGGGGGGAAUAAUUCGUUGAUUUCUUGUUGAAAGAAAAAAAAAUGUUCGAAGAAUAACCACAUUUAUAGACAGGAACAGCAAAACUUCGAGUAAUUGACAGCCCCCCUAAAAUUGUUUAUAGUUGCCCAUGUUAAUUGUUUAAAGCAUAAAUCUACCACGAACUAUGAUCCUAAAAGACGAAAUAUUGUUUCAAACUCACCUUACAACAUGACUCUUAAAAAUAAAUAGCUUAGCUGUUUUGAUUUUGCUUUGUAAUAGCCACUCACCGGAGCAAAAACACGAACAUGCAACGAAAACUCUCCGUAGCGUCCACUAACCCAGGCUAAACUUCGCUUCUGCAAAUAUGUUAGAACGUUCAAGAUGUAUUACGCACUUCAGCAUAACUACUUGACACCAAUUACUGCGCUCCUUGUCGCCAAUGAGUUUGCGCUAUCUGGUAGCACAGGUUAUUAUGAAACUCCCUGCCCCCCCCAUGUUUUACAUACAUUUGAAUUUCGGCUCCAUUUUCCAAAUCAAACGUGGCCAUUGAAUAGAAAAGUUUGCCCAGCCCUGGUUUAAGCUUUGCCGGUUAGUACGCUUAGCGUAGCUUCCCGCACUCAGCGGGUGUGGCUAAAGACCGUUAGCCAAGCACAAAGCAUUUACGGUACGUGGAAUCGGUCUUCCGGCGGCCUCCAGCAGGGGCGCCGUGUUUACACGGUCGCGUUCACACCUGAGAUGUUUGGCAAGGGGUCGCAUGUGAUGCGAUGCGAGACGACAAUGCAACUCUGCUGCUUGAUCACAUUGACAAUCUUGAGCCGUGAAUCACGAACAAUAAAGUCUUUCCAGUCUUUCA